AUGGCAGAUAGCUUUGGAGGCAAAAACAAAGCAGGAAGGGAAUUUAUUUACAAUGUUAAUAAUGAAUUAAGACCACCAGUAGAGAAUGCAUACUCUAAUAGCCAUCCUUUAUUGAGAAGGGAAAUAUUUGAAGAUCAAGAAAAUGAGCUUGCAAAAAUGUAUUUCAGAAUUCAAGAUCCUGUACAAUUAUCUUCAUCAGGUCAGUUUGAGACAUCACAAGAUGUUUUUGUGGGUGAAUUGUUUGGAAUGUGUUCUAGAGAGGAGAUGAUUAAUAAGCAGCAGACUUCUACAGCUAACGAUUUUGAGAGACUAUCUGGAGUAACUUUGAAUGAUGAUUUGGAGGCAAGAAUAGUGAAUGAGUUUUUAACGGUGAAAAGCUUUCAAAGAUCUGAUGCAUCCAGAGUUUUCCAUAAAGAACUAGUUAGACCAGUAGUUUGGUGUAGAAUGGUUGUAAGAAGAUUGUUAGUAUAUUUCAUAGAAGCUGAUAGACUUAAUCUCAGUUAUUUGUACAGAAAACCACUAGGGCAGGGAUAUAAAUAUGUUGACAUAUAUAAUUUUCUUAGAGACAGAUUAAGAGCAGUAUGGCAAGAUUUAACAGUACAACAUGCUACACGCCAUAGAGCAAGUAUAGAUAGUUUUGAGGUAUCGUUCAGAUUUCUAUUGCUUUCUGAGGAGUAUUUAUGUAAUUUUAAGGAGUUUAAUUCAGUCCAGAAUGGUUCUUUAAUGUCAACUUGUUUGGAUAAGCUUAUGUCUGGAUAUAUGGAUGUUUUAUAUUACAAAAAAAAAAGUAGUGAUUUAAGUGACUCUGAAUUUUCCAGAAUCUUAGUUUAUGAUUCUCCUUUUCAGCCUGAAUUCUGGUCCUAUCGCAUUUUAACCAGUAUGAGUAUUAAGAUAAAGGACGCAAAUGAUAACCGGAUUAUGGAUAUAAUUAAUUCAAUUUCUCCAGAAAUUAUUCACCAUCCUCUAAUUAAGCUUUCCCUUGGAAUUCACUGCUCCUUUAGAUUGGUAAACAUUGUCAAAUACUUUAGAUACUUCAGAAAAUGCUAUGGGAUCAUUUUGAGUCUAAUUAAAGAUGAGAGUAAUUCUUCGAAAUUACUCCCGGACAAAAUUCAGAGUUAUUAUCUAAAAAAAGAUUGCCUAGAUUAUAAACAUUAUAGGGAGUUUGGACAUGCUUUGAUUCUCAUUUGUAUACUAAUUAAGAAGUACUCAAAUAUUAUUCGUCUUAAAUAUCUAAACAUACUAUUGUCAUCCAAUAUGAGUAAACGCCAGCUUAUGCCUUUAAGUUGUUUCAUUGAGAUUUUUGGGUUUUAUAUAGAGUCUAUUGAGUCAUUAAAGCUGUUUACUAAAAGGUUUGAUAUCAAAAUCUUCAAUAAGGACGACCCUAAUACUUUCCUUUUUCAAGGAAAUCGUGUUGAACAUUUUCAAUCUAUACAACAAAUUGCCAGUCUCAACAAAAAAUUUGUAGUAUCUUUUAAAGACUGCAUAAAUCUCUCAAUGGAAUCUUUAAGUAUCCUUAACUCCCUCAGUUGGCCAUCUGAGCUACUGACUUCUCUCCUUGAGAAAAUUCCCAGAAUUGAUAUUCUGGACCCUAUUUUAGGCAAGAUUUCCAAAGUUGAAUUUAAAGCCAAAACUCAAACAGAUGGCUUAAACUACAAUAAAGAUAAGAUCUCAGGUUCUGGCCCCAAUCAGUUCUCCUUUACCCCAAUUUCUUCUAGUAACAGAGAUAUAAUUAAUAGUAACUAUAAGAGCAAUAGCCUCUCAAACACAAUUAUUCAAAACUUGAAAGAUAUAGAUAUAAACAAGGCUGCAGCCAACCUUCAUUAUUCUGCAAACCCAAUCAAGAAAAACAAAAGAAAAGGAUUUUUCAUGGAAGAAGAACUCCCCAAAAUUCCCCCAGGCCCCAACAGUAACUCUGAUAUUUUCAUUGAUUCUAUUACCACUUUGCGAACCCACAAUACAAACAAGCGAAGAUCCCUUACUGAAAACGAGAUCAUUCCUUCAUUAAGUACCACCGAAAUUCUAUAUAACUCGCAGACACAAAGAGAACCCACCAGUUUUCAAACAGAGCUAUCUCCUUCCUUUAACAUUAAUUAUUCUCAAGACUCAUCUGCUAGCUCCUUUAUCUCAAAAGGGCGCCAAACCACAGAGGCUGACAUAAAAACAGAUUACAUGCAAAUUUGCGCGGGAACAUGUCUUGGAGUUCCUGAAAAUAGUCACGUAGUGGAAGAGGAAAAUGAAAAACAUAGUGAAUAUGAUUAUGAGAGAGAAGUUAUUCAUGUGAGUGAGUCUUCUCUGGAGAAUGAUUUUGAUUUAGGUCUCCAAAAAAGUGGUCAAAUUUUGGAGAUUGGAGAGAAGUUGUCAGUAAAUGUGGGAAUUAAAGAUUUUGAGAAUACUGAAAUAAAUAUUUCUGGUUCCGAAAAUCCGAUAAUAGAGGAUGGUCUGGUUGGAUUGAGUGGAUGGAAACGUUUUAGGGUCUUAUUUAACAAAUACCAAAACUCAAAAAAUGGCUUGGAAAUGGGAUCAGAAAAUGAUUUGAUUGAGAACACUACCAUUGAUGAUAAGGAGAACCAAAAGCACAUUAAUGUACUUUUGUCCAGAAUCAAUCUUCCAGAAAAUGAAAGUGGAAUUAACCAGUGGCUAAAUUUGUCAGUUUCUGGUAUUUUGGAACGGAUUCAAACUGACAUUAUUUCAAGAGUUAUCAAAUCUUUAAAAUUUAGCUUUGUUUUCUUUUAUAACCAAUUAAUGAAUAUAGAAGGAAUAUCUAGAUUCCAUAUAAGCCAAUUAAAUAUGUUUUACACAAAACUGGAAUUGAUACUUUCAAAUUUGACUAAUAAAGAUUUUCUUGACAAAGAAACAACCCAAACUGAUCAAUUUAAUUCAGGAAGAAAUUAUGACUUUAUUUUCCCCUGGAAUUCUGUUAUGGUUAAAUCUGAACUAUUAUCAGAUAACGAAAAAGAAAGAGAUCAAAUGAUUAUAGACAUUUACGAAGUUGACUUUUCCCAUUAUAUUUCUGAGAGAUUUCAAAGUAACAACCAAUCUCAGAUUCCUGUUCAUGUUGAAAUGCUUUCAAUAUGGCAAAACAAUACAAGGACUUGUCUAAGAAACCAACUUUUUUCAAACGAGGACAUUUCCUUACUAAAGGAAAAGGAGAGAGAAAAUAUUAAAGAGGCAGAGGAUCUUACUUUGGAGCGUCUUUUAUAUGAAUAUCUGAUAAAUAAUGGAGAUGUAAUUGUUUGGACACUUCCUUUUCUUGUUAAAAGCAAUGAAAGUAUUGCCAGUAUAGUGGAGACGGGUGUUUUUGAUUACUCUGAAGAACCUUCCAGUGAGUAUAUGAAAAGGUCUUUGGAUUCUUUUGCUUUUGAGAUUACAUCUGAUAAAGGAAAGAAGCAACUGAUCACGGAAUUUGAGUCAUGCUGUAAGGUUUUGAACAUUAAGAGGUAUCCAGUGGAGGAAGUGAAAAGUAAAAUCCCAAUUUUAAAGAACAUCACUAUAGUUUUCUCUUUUGUAACUUAUGUCCCAAGUACUUAUUUCUUCUUGGCUGAUGGUAAUCAAGAAUUUUAUCAAAGAUUUAGAGAUGAAAUUGUGGAUUUGGAAAAUAAUAUUGAAGAUAUUAUAUUGAAAGAUUACCUUCAGGAGUGUCAAUCAUUAGUUAUUUCAGAUGAUCUAAUUUUAGGAGCUGAAGAUAAUGAGUCUUUUUUGAUUUCAAAUUACUCUGGAGUAUCUUGUAAUUUAAAAUUUAAAUGUAUUGGAAUAGCUCCUUUAGAGGUAUUACAGGAUUCUACUAAAAAACAAGAUAGGAUUUCUAUAUAUGUUCCUGGUUUGAAUUCUCUAAUUAACACGAAAUUAAAUGGAAAGAGCUUCCCAAAUAAUCUUGUAAUAUAUAAUAACUAUAAUGAGGAUCUUGAAAUUGACUCAACUAGUUUCCUGUCUACUAUGUGGCUUCAAAAUUUCCAUAAAGGACUAAACAUGAGAGUCAGAGUUCAUAGUAAUUAUAAAGGAUUUUACGAUAAUAUUGAACUUGCUUUAUUAAAGGAGGCUUUCAAAAAAGGUUUUAUUGAGUGCUUUGGUCUUUUUACAAAUGGAAAUAUUGAUUGGAUACUAGUCUCUGGGAGUUGCUCCUAUACAGAGAUCAAGGAGAUCAUUGUUUGGAUUUAUGACUUAUAUAUCCAUUCCAUGGCUUGCUUUGACAAUGGUUUGUUGGCUUCCAUUUCUUUGGGAAGAGGAUCUUUCCCGAGUUCACCUUGGGAUUUAAAAAACCACUACGAGAUCCGAGAAUUAUCUAGAGGAAUUCUCAAACAGCAUGAAAAAAUGAUCAAAUCAAUUUCAGAUUCACUAAAAAGUAAACAAAAACCAGCAUCUUUGCCAAUAAUUAUUCCAAAGGUGAUUUGGAAUGUUUUAUUUGAUCACCUACAACCUGUCAAUACACUUACUUCCAUUCUUUCUGACUCAACACUGUUUGAGCAAUUCUCUGAUCAAAUUCUAAUUAGGCAAAGCUUUCAGGAAAAUAUAGAAAAAGAUCAGGAAAGCAUAAGAAGCUUAAAAAAAGAACAAAUUUUGGGUUCUGAAGACUUGUUAUCUAAAAUGGACAGGGAGCUUUUCAACUAUAAAGCUUUUAAUUACUUGAAUAGAUUUAGGCUUAGUGGAGAUGUUUAA